CAAGCCAUCCGGAGAUUUCCGGAUGUGCUGUACAGUUCUAAUUUAAGGUUCCGGUCUCACUGGAAUUAACUAUUGUCCUUUGUUUCUCCUAGCUGCCAUUGCCACUAGCUGUGCGCCUUCCACAAAUAUAGCAUUCAAGACAUUUAUAACAUGCGCAAACGUUGGAAUUUCAACCAGACGAGAAUCUCGUCCUCUUACGCGCCUGCACAGUUUUAAUAAUGUUCGUGACGCUCUUCAUCCUUUAUCACGCGCUCGCCUACUCCCUUGGACAUCUAUUCACUUUUAUCUCUCCUGUGUGGUCAAUUCUCGGGCUCGGGUUGAGGUGUGCCAUCGAUGCUACAACGUACCAUCCAGCGUUGGGGCGAAACAUCGUCGUCGAUAUCGUGAUGUCUAUCUGCACACUGCUUGUCUGGUCAACCUUCGUGGGAUCUAUGUUGCCGCGGAAAGAAGUCCCUGCAAAACGCGCACCACCACCUCAUGUUUUAUUGAAUCAAGCAAAUGAGAGCAUGGAGAUCGCACUAAAAGCCGUGCAAAAGGCGAGGGAUGACUUCAAAGAGAUGGAAGACACCUCUGCCACCGCAAUGGAGGCGUUGUGGCGCUUGAGGAAGGCUGGGCAGGACAUGCGCGAAAUCCAUCAGGCGCUUGUGGAGAUGUCGGACAUAUUCGAACGAGAAGCAGAACGACAGCUGUCUCGCACCUUCCCCAUCAAUUCGGGUGGAGCGAGAUAAAUUUAUAUGAUUUGCAAAGCUUAGAGUUUUGAAUGGAGAGUUAUUUGCACGUGUAUUUCUAGUAUUGGCACAAACGCGUGUAUGUAUUUUUUUGUAACACAAUCCCUACACACGCUUGACAUUGCAAUGGAUCUCAAACUGUACAUG